ACUCUAUCCGCUGUCCCAGACCGGUUUCAGGGCAAAGCUGCCAUGCGUUCCGGGGGCCGCGGGCGGCCCCGGCUACGGCUCGGGGAACGCGGCCUUUUGGAGCCACCCUCACCGCCCAAGCGCCGCCUGCUACCUCGGGCGCAGCUGUUGCCUCUGCUGCUGCUGGCGCUGGCGGUGGCCUCGGUGUUAUACACCAUUUGGAGCGGCUGGUACCAGCAGACUGAGGAGCUGCCGCUAGGCCGGGAGCUGCGGGGCCCAUCGAUCGGAAGUCUCCCCGAAGCCGGGGUGCGGAGGGUGGUGGGGCAACUGGACCCUCACCGUCUCUGGAACAAUUAUCUGCGCCCCCUGCUGGUUGUGCGGACCCCCGGCAGCCCCGGCAAUCUCCAGGUCAGAAAGUUCCUGGAGGCCACACUGCGGACCCUGACGGCAGGCUGGCAUGUAGAACUGGACCCCUUCACAGCCUCGACACCCCUGGGGCCACUGCACUUCAGCAACGUGGUGGCCACGCUGGACCCAAGGGCUGCCCGUCACCUCACCCUUGCCUGCCAUUACGACUCGAAGCUCUUCCCAUCUGGGUCAGCCCCCUUUAUUGGGGCCACGGAUUCAGCUGUGCCUUGCGCCCUCCUACUGGAGCUGGCCCAGGCCCUGGACCUGGAGCUGGCCAGAGCCAAGGAGCAGGCAGCCCCAGUGACCUUGCAGCUGCUCUUCUUGGACGGUGAAGAGGCACUGAAGGAGUGGGGACCCAAGGACUCGCUUUACGGCUCCCGGCACCUGGCCCAGCUCAUGGAGUCUGCACCCCAUGGCCCCGGCUUCACCAGGAUCCAGGCUAUUGAUCUCUUUAUGCUUCUUGAUCUCCUGGGAGCCCCCAACCCGACCUUCUACAGUCACUUUCCUCGCACGGCCCGCUGGUUCCAUCGGCUGAGGAGCAUCGAGAAGCGCCUGCACCGUCUGAACCUCCUGCAGUCUCAUCCUUGGGAAGUGAUGUACUUCCAGCCCGGGGAGCCCCCUGGCUCUGUGGAAGACGACCACAUCCCCUUCCUCCGCCGAGGAUGUAUUUUCAAAACGAACACGUACCCUCACACGCUGAAAAUCAUUGUUCCGAAUUCUUCAAGUGCCACAACAGAGUAUCUUCUGCUGGGGGGGGACAAGGGGUCCCUGUGCUCCACCUCAUCUCCACACCCUUCCCCUCUGUCUGGCACACGUCCGAUGACUCUGAGGCCAACCUGCACCCACCCACGGUACACAACCUGAGCCGCAUCCUGGCCGUGUUCCUGGCUGAAUACCUGGGGCUCUAGCCUGCCUGGCGGACUCUGAGGGAGAAGCACCCAGCAGCAGACGUGACGAGGGCACCUGGAGCCGAGGAGCUCAGGCCAGGCCUGCUUGCGGUGUGCUGGCUUGUCCUUUUUUAACACCUUUGGCUCUGCUUGUGCUCUGACUGGAAGACCCUCUUUCUUUAUCUCAAGCUGCCACUCUUCAAAGGCAUGGAAGAGACAGACCACUGUGGUGUGAGAGCCAAAGGAAUAAGAGCUUGGCCGCUGCCCUGAGGGAAACACUUGGGCUGCAGGUCUGCAGGGGCCAAAUGCCGUUCUCCAUUUUAGUCAGCAAAUGGCAUCUGGACCAGCAAUACGCCUGACCAAAUGAAUUCUCUGUGGCUUAUGUUUUUUGUGGCAGUUCGUUCUCCAGAAUGGCAGCCUUGCUACCGCAUCAGUCCAAACCCAACUCCCACAUGGAUGUGCCAUGUGGGACCCACAGAAGACGUGCUCGUAAGCAGGGAACAGAGGAGAUGGAAGCCAAUACUUGGGAACUCCAGAUCCUGCCAGAUCCAAUGGCCAAUAAACCAGUGUUUCUGCAAAAUAUAUCCUGUAGAACUAGCAUACAUAGGUGUUGCAUGAAAAGCGGGACCAAAGUGGGGUGAGAAAACAUUAAAUGAGUUUCUUCAUU